CAAUAUAGCGGUGAGGCGGGAAUCAACCGCGCUCCACUACUCCGGGGCCGGUGGUUGGUUGGUGGCCGGGCAAUGUGCUGCGGGCUUGCAUCACUGGCAGCGCAGCCCCUCCGCAGGCCGGAUUGUAAACCAGUAGUGAUUGGCGCCGAGCGAAUCCUUCUGGCUUUGCUCUGGGUCCCUCCUUCUCCCUCCUGGUCCCUCCUGGUCCCCCGUGGAUUGUCGCGUGCAGGGCUAUGGGUGGUUAUGGAGGGCCCCUCGAUGGCCCACAGCCAGUCAGCGCCUCCCGGGCGGUCUUUUCUCGGCGGCCCCGCUUUCCCUCGUGAAGGGCACAGAAGGUCACAAACUCUCGGCCUGCCAUCGUUUGGCUGGCACCGCAACACGUCAAGCCUGCCUACAUCGGGGAACAGGGAUCCCGCUCAUCGCGACUACUGCAAGCAAACAGACAGUGAGGGGGGCUUAAGUGUCGAUUCGAUUGCCCCUCAUUUCCCCCCCCCCCCGGCCGGGUGAUUCAUUGCUCAUGCCCACGCCCCUGCGGCCUGUCUCGCCCAAUAUCACUCCGCCA